ACACGUAUAAGACAGCUGCUUGACAGGAUGACAGUUGUUCAUCGAGAACUACCUAGCUAUGUGGUCCGUGCUUGAGCCCCGAUUCUGACGCAAAGUUUCGAGUUUCCCAACUAGCGAAAACAACUUCAACGCGUUCAAGCCAUCGCGCCCGCUCUUUCACCUCGGUCCUAAUACUCAUCCUCACUACAUCUACGGGAGAAUCAUACCCAAAUCGCUCGUGCACCCGUACAUAAUGUCGCAGAACGCCGAUGUCCUCGUACCCCCUUCUCCUCUACCUAUGAAUCCAGAUACAUUGGGCUCGUCAUCGCUAUGGGAUCGGUUAUCAAACUGGGCCUCUGAGCAUAAGGCUGUGGUCUAUACAAUUGCAGGUAUCACGGUGGUAGUUACUGUCGGUGGUGCCGUCUACUACUUUUCGGACUCAGGCAAGCCAUCAACGGGACCAGAAAGCACAACUUCGGGCAAGAGGAAGACCAAGAAAGAUCGUAAGAAGACGAAAAAGGGAGUCGCAGAUGGCGAGGCAGCAUCUGAAAAGUCGACUGAAGCUCCUCCAAAGUCUACCGUAUCUGUCGAAGCUGAGGAUGAGCUUCCUCAAGUCGACGAGGCCAUCGCAGCCACUCUAUCAGAACAGGAGAAGAAAGAUUACGCCGCCAAGCUCAAGGCCGCAGGUAACAAAGCUUAUGGUAACAAAGAAUACAACAAGGCGAUAGAGUUGUACAGCAAGGCCAUUCUCUGCAAACAAGACCCCGUAUACUACUCCAAUCGCGCAGCUUGCUGGAAUGCCAUGUCCGACUGGGAAAAAGUAAUUGAAGACACCACAGCAGCUAUAAAUUUGGACAAUGAAUACGUCAAAGCCUUGAAUCGACGCGCGAACGCAUACGAACAGGUGAAUCGUCUCAGCGAUGCUCUCCUUGAUUAUACGGCCAGCUGUAUAAUCGAUUCCUUUGGUAACCAGAACUCAACACUGAGUGUUGAACGUCUUUUGAAGAAGGUGGCGGAGGAGAAGGGCAAAUUGAUCUUACAAAGUAAAGAACGGAAAUUACCAAGCCCGCAUUUCAUAGGAAACUACCUGCAAAGUUUCCGGCCGAAGCCAGCCCCAGAAGGUCUGGGUGAAGAUGUUGAGCUCGAUGAGAACACAGGCAAAGGUCAACUGCAGAAGGGUCUCCAGGCCAUGAGUAAGAAGACGGCGGAUGGCUACGCUGAGGCUUUCGACGCUUUCCAGAAAGCAGUGGACUUAGGGGAUCUCGACCAUCAUGAGGGUCUAGCCUACAACCUGCUUGGCACUUUCCAUUAUCUCGCUGGAGACAACAAAGAGGCCUUGACUGAAUUGAGUAAGAGCAUUGAGCUGGACCCAACAUUGACUCAAAGCUAUGUUAAGCGGGCAAGCAUGCACCUUGAGAAUGGCGAACGUAAUAGAGCCACAGAGGACUUUGUUCAGGCCAUGAACCAGAAUGGUGAGGAUCCUGAUAUAUUCUAUCACCGCGCUCAGCUCCAUUUCAUCACAAACGAGUUUUCCGAGGCCGCAAAAGACUACCAAAGGUCGAUUGACCUGGACAAGGAUUUCAUAUUCUCCCACAUCCAGCUAGGUGUUACACAGUACAAGAUGGGCUCGAUCGCGUCAUCGAUGGCCACAUUCCGUCGCUGUAUGAAGAACUUUGAUAAAGUCCCUGAUGUUUAUAACUACUACGGAGAGCUUCUACUCGACCAGCAAAAGUUCCAAGAAGCUAUUGAGAAGUUCGACACAGCUGUAGAAAUGGAAAAGGCGACUAAGCCCUUGGGCAUGAACGUUCUACCGUUGAUCAACAAAGCUCUGGCUUUGUUCCAAUGGAAACAGGAUUUUACGGAAGCAGAGAAGUUGUGCCAGAAGGCUCUAAUCAUUGAUCCUGAGUGUGAUAUCGCUGUCGCUACAAUGGCACAGCUACUACUCCAGCAAGGCAAAGUCACAGAAGCGCUGAAAUACUUUGAGCGCGCAGCUGAGCUUUCGAGAACUGAAGGAGAGAUUGUCAAUGCUCUAUCAUAUGCCGAAGCAACCAGGACACAACUCGAAGUCCAAGAAAAGUACCCCCGCCUCGCCGCCCGGUUGCAAAGCAUGGGCGGGGGCAUGCCGGUCAUGAGGUAAAACACGACAGAGCGACUAUAGACGACUUCAAGCUUCUCUACUUCUACUUCAACUACCCCCUGUAAUUAUUCUCAUUCAUUUCCUCUAUCAGUGCUGCAUUUUUGCCCUCCCCUCAACGGUCUUCCGCACUUCGCGCAAUAUCUAAAGAGGAACACUGUAGGUGACCGCUGAGACAAGACCCGGUACCUAAUCUUUGGUUUGCGGUUCUCUGUAUAAUAUUGAACACGUUGACUCGAGGUCGCCCUGAGUUAUAUAUGGGUGAAAAUGGUGUCCGUGUAUUGGAAACAUCGGCUGCGCCAUAUAGCAAUGAUGGAGAAUACUAUGUCAAUGACCUCGGAAGGUUUUAUGCAUGAAUCUCGUAUAUACCUUGUAGACCCUAAUACGAAGAGCAUCUCAGCAAAUACA